UCACCUGACUUUAGCAUAUGAUCCACAGACACAGCAGAAGCAGGAGAACGAUUCAGUCUUUUAACAUUUGUGAUCAAUAUUUAAAACGCUAUGGCAGGACGGGGUAAAUUAAUCGCAGUCAUAGGGGAUGAAGAUACAUGUACUGGCUUCCUGCUUGGAGGAAUCGGAGAGCUGAAUAAAAAUCGCAAACCCAAUUUCUUGGUGGUCGAGAAGGACACCAGUGUCACUGAGAUAGAGGAGACGUUUAAGAGUUUCCUGACUCGCAACGACAUUGGUAUCAUCCUUAUUAACCAGUUCAUUGCUGAGAUGAUCCGGCACGCAAUAGAUGCUCACAUGCAGUCCAUCCCUGCUGUAUUGGAGAUCCCCUCUAAAGAGCAUCCUUAUGACUCAUCCAAAGACUCGAUCCUGCGCAGGGCUAAGGGCAUGUUCUCUGCCGAUGAUUUCCGAUAAGUGUCAUGGCAUCGUCAAGCUGGUCAAGCAUCGAAUGCUUUUAAAAAUAUAAAUGUUAAUGUGGAUGUUGUUCAGUGUCUCCCCUUCCAUUAUACAUUUAAAGAACUUGAAAUAGGUUUACCAAUAAAAAAAAGUGUGACGUGUAGAUGUGAUUUUCCAAGAACAAAAAAAUAGGUACUCUAUGUAUUGCAUUUUAAUAAUUCUGUGUAUGAGUCUUGUGAACUUGAAGGGACUUUUUCAUGUUAAU